CAACCGGUUCCCCUUUUCUGCAGCUCAGAGCCUGGGGAAGUGAUUGCUCAAAGGGGGGCCGGAAGAACCCAGGUUUCCGCGUCUCCCGCCCCCCUCAGCCUGGCGGGGAGGGGCCGAGGCGGGACACCCCAUCCGCCCCCGCCCCGUUGGAUCUGGCAGCCUCCGAGCCCUGGAGUCGCAGGGGAGGCGCUGCGCCCCGGCCCCAGCCGAUCGGGCCCGGCGCCGGACGCCCUCCGGAGCGCCGCAGGAGAACCUCCUGCCGUCUGACUCGAGUCCCUGCGGCUGCAGCGCACGCCCCUUCGACAGGGAGGGUGGGGCCCAGAGCGAGCGUGGCCCCUCCCGCCCCCCCUCGCCAUCGGGUCGCUGAAACUUGAACCCUGAGGGAAAGGCUGUAGGGCUGCUGCUUCCCGCCCCUGGCUGCGAGCCCCCCAUCCUCUCAAGGAGCGACAGGCAGGUGGUGAGGAGCGUAGGUCCCAGGGGACCUUGCACUUUGCCCUAGCUUUGGGUCAGGGCAGGGGCCUCUGGGUGCCCAGGCCCUGGGGGCAAGGGUGCCCUAAGUGUGCGUUAUCUGGGUGCUGUCACCUCUGAGCACUGCUCACCCUCCCGGCUUGAGCACGGAGCCCCCAGAGGCCAACAUGGGCCAGACAAGAUUAAAAGGCCACAAGCCGAGAGAUGAGAAAAUAAAGUGAAACCAAGUCGAGAGCCUCCAGGCCAGGACGAGCCGCGUGGCAGACGGACCCCGCAGCUCCCACCCGGGAGCAGGACGCCCCCGCCCACUGCCGCCCCCGCUUCCCCGGCUGGCGUGGCGCGCCCGCCCUGUGGCGAGGCCGCAGCGGUUUCCGCAGCCUGAUGGGGGAAGGGAGACCGGGGAGGUAGGCUGCUGGCUGGGGGCAGGGGGCACCAGGGACCACAUCUAGGACGGAGGAGCUGUGGGUCCCCGGGAGGCUCGUAGCCCUCCUCGCCCGCGUGCCCCACCCCAAGAAAGUCCUGCCCGUUGUCCCACUCAAAUCCUCCAUGCUUCAGGCCUCUGGGCCCCGCAAGCACCUCUGGACUUGUGGGAAGCAGCCCUGCCCAAAGCCCCCCACACCCACAGAAAGCCCGGGAUGGAGCGAGCAGGGAUCCGGGUUCUGAGUGUCCAGCCACCACCCGGAUAGCCCCAGACUCUUGGGGCCCUCAGGGAGGGGCUAGGAGCCGGAAACCAAGAAAGAGGAACCAGGCUUCCGGCUUCCCAAGGACCAGGCAGAUGGGGGUGUCCUGGAACCUCCUGUGCAGAUCUGGUCAGGCCUCCCACCUCAUGGCCCUGCACCCCUUCUGGCUGUGCUGGAGGCUGGGUGGGGAGCAGACCCCGCUGGAGUAUGGACGAGGAGGGUGGGACUCUCGGGGACCUCGCCAGGGGGCACACAGGGGCUGGGGUCUCAGGUUCUCUGAGCACCUCGGCCUCUCUUCUCAAACCCCCAGGCUGUGGUAAGGGUCCCAGAGCCAGCACCACGGAGCCCGGGCAACCUGCACCCACCCAUGCCCACCCCGCAUGAGGCUGGGAACCAGCACACAGGGCCAGAGGAGGCGGACCAGCCCCCCUCAAUGUCCAGUCAUGAUGUGGCCUCCCCGGCUGCCCCCAGCCGCAACCCCUGCUGCUUGUGCUGGUGCUGCUGCUGCAGCUGCUCCUGGAAUGAAGAGCGGCGGCGAGCGUGGCGGGCCUCGCGGGAGAGCAAGCUGCAGCCCCUGCCCAGCUGCGAAGUGUGCAGCACACCGAGCCCCGAGGAGGUGCGGGGCUGGGCGCAGUCCUUCGACAAGCUGAUGCACAGCCCGGCCGGCCGCAGCGCGUUCCGCGAGUUCCUGCGCACGGAGUACAGCGAGGAGAACAUGCUCUUCUGGCUGGCCUGCGAGGAGCUCAAGGCCGAGGCCGACCAGCACGCGGUGGACGAGAAGGCGCGGCUCAUCUACGAGGACUACGUGUCCAUCCUGUCUCCCAAGGAGGUGAGCCUGGACUCCCGCAUUCGGGAAGGCAUCAACAAGAAGAUGCAGGAGCCCUCCGCGCACACGUUCGACGACGCGCAGCUGCAGAUCUACACGCUCAUGCACCGGGACCCCUACCCCCGCUUCCUCGGCUCUCCUGCCUACCGCGCCCUGCUGCUCCGGGGGGCCCCCCAGUCCUCCCACGAGGCCUAGGCUGCCUGCUGCAGUACAGACAGGCCCCGACCUGUGAGCAGAGACUCGGUGGCCCUCGCCCGAGGGCAGCAGCAGGUGUCCGGCACACUGGACCCAGCACCGGGGCAGCCCCCAACGGGAGGCCAAAGCCCCCACCCACCCAGGGGCCACAGUGCCCCCGAGGUCCAGCAAAGAGGCAGGUGUGAGGGCCUUGGGGUCGAGCAGCUCCUCUCACACCAGCCCCUGCUGGCCAGCCUGUGCUCCUGCUUGGUCAGAGAAGGGGCCUCCCAGGAGGCAUCUUGGACCCACUCACCUCACUCGGCCCCCCUCCCAGGCGGCGAGGGGGCCUCCGGACUGCCUUUGGUGGGAGUAGAACCUCUGUACUGUCUAGUUUUGUGUUUUGGAGAGACCCUCCAACUCAUGUCGUCUGCGCCCCGGAAUCAGACCCAGAACCUCAGAACGAGGUUCGAGGCGAUGGGACUCAGUUUCUUAUGUUUAUUUUAACUUUACACCUGGAAACGUGUCCUCAGUGUUUUAUCAAAAAAAGAAAAACUGUCUUCAUAUUUAUCUCCAUUCCUCCUUCCCACAAAAUAGGAUGUCGUAUCACUGAA